GUGUAAACAUUUGCAAAAGCUGGAAUCCCAAACUCUGUGAUUCUGCUGAUAAAUGUAUUCCUCUAAAGACCAUCCUCGGAUUCUCAAGAGACUUCCUUGAGACCAUGCUUUUGCGAAGUUCAGGAAAGCUAAAUGUGGGCACCAGGAACGGGGCAGCUGAGAGCCUCACCCCCACCCCGCGUCCGAAGACCUUGCGCUGCAAAUGCCAUCACCACUGCCCAGAAGACUCGGUUAACAAUAUCUGCAGCACAGAUGGAUAUUGUUUCACGAUGAUUGAAGAAGAUGAUUCCGGCAUGCCAGUCAUCACUUCUGGAUGCCUUGGACUAGAAGGCUCCGAUUUUCAGUGUAGGGACACGCCUGUUCCUCACCAAAGAAGGUCCAUUGAGUGCUGCACCGAGAGGAAUGAGUGUAACAAGGACCUGCACCCCACCCUGCCCCCGCUGAAGAACAGAGAUUUUGUCGACGGACCGAUUCAUCACAAAGCCUUACUUAUAUCUGUGACUGUCUGUAGUUUGCUCUUGGUUCUUAUCAUUUUGUUUUGUUAUUUCAGGUCCAGGCGGCAAGACGGACGACCACGGUACAGCAUCGGCCUGGAGCAGGGCGACUCCUGCAUCCCUGCCGGCGAGUCCCUGCGGGACCUCAUCGAACAGUCCCAGAGCUCAGGCAGCGGUUCUGGGCUGCCCCUGCUGGUCCAGAGGACGAUAGCGAAGCAGAUUCAGAUGGUGAAGCAGAUCGGGAAAGGCCGCUACGGGGAGGUGUGGAUGGGGAAGUGGCGCGGCGAGAAGGUGGCGGUGAAAGUGUUCUUCACCACCGAGGAGGCCAGCUGGUUCCGGGAGACGGAGAUCUACCAGACGGUGCUCAUGAGGCACGAAAAUAUUUUGGGGUUUAUUGCUGCAGAUAUUAAAGGGACAGGCUCUUGGACCCAGCUAUACCUGAUCACAGACUACCAUGAGAAUGGUUCCCUCUAUGAUUAUCUGAAAUCCACCACCCUGGACACGAAAUCGAUGCUCAAGUUAGCCUACUCUUCUGUCAGCGGCUUGUGCCACUUACACACUGAAAUCUUUAGCACUCAAGGCAAACCAGCGAUUGCCCAUCGAGACCUGAAAAGCAAGAACAUCCUGGUGAAGAAAAAUGGGACAUGCUGUAUAGCUGACCUGGGCCUGGCCGUCAAAUUCAUUAGUGAUACCAAUGAAGUCGACAUACCACCCAACACCCGAGUGGGCACCAAGCGCUACAUGCCCCCAGAGGUGCUGGACGAGAGCUUGAACAGGAAUCACUUCCAGUCUUACAUCAUGGCUGACAUGUACAGUUUUGGACUCAUCCUUUGGGAAGUAGCCCGGAGAUGUGUAUCCGGGGGCAUCGUGGAGGAAUACCAGCUCCCCUACCACGACCUGGUGCCCAGUGACCCAUCCUACGAGGACAUGAGGGAGAUUGUGUGUCUCAAGAAGCUGCGGCCCUCCUUCCCCAACCGGUGGAGCAGUGAUGAGUGUCUACGGCAGAUGGGGAAGCUCAUGACAGAGUGCUGGGCGCACAGUCCUGCCUCCAGACUGACGGCCCUGCGCGUGAAGAAAACACUUGCCAAAAUGUCAGAGUCUCAGGACAUUAAACUCUGAUUUAAGGGCCCCGUCUAAGCGUCUCUGGAGAAAACCAGUAGAUCUUCUGUCUGUGGGCAGA